UAGGGCUUAAAAGAACAAACAAAGCCGUAGAAGAGGGCUCUCUCUUGGUUGAGCGUACUUGUUAUCUUUACUUACCCCCAAGCCAAAGAUGGAUCGGUACCAGAGGGUGGAGAAGCCGAAAGCAGAGACGCCGAUUGACGAGAAUGAGAUUCGUAUUACGAGUCAGGGCCGGAUGCGCAGCUACAUCACUUACGCCAUGACUUUGCUUCAGGAGAAAGGUUCGAAUGAAAUCGUCUUCAAGGCAAUGGGAAGGGCCAUCAACAAGACUGUUACUAUAGUGGAGUUGAUAAAGAGAAGAAUUCCGGGUCUUCAUCAGGUUACCUCAAUUGGAUCAACAGACAUAACAGAUACAUGGGAGCCUUUGGAGGAAGGCCUCCUGCCUUUGGAGACCACAAGGCACGUCUCAAUGAUCACAAUAACCCUUUCAAAAAUGGAACUCAAUACAUCCUCUGUUGGGUAUCAGCCUCCAUUACCUAUUGAACAGGUGAGGGCAUCUGCAGAAUUGGAUUAUGAAGGAGAGGGUUCACCUACUGGCCGUGGUAGGGGACGAAGUGGUAGAGGAAGAUCAAGGGGUAGAGGAAAUGGUUAUGUUAAUGCUGACUACGAGGAUGGAGGGUAUGAUCGCAACCGUGGCUAUGUUAGGGGUAGGGGCCGGGGAAGAGGCCGUGGUUUCCGUGGCCGUCCAAGGGGAGGGUAUAAUGGACCUCCAGUUGAUAUGCCUCAAGAUGGAGGCUACAAUCAUGAGCCACCUAUUCAAGGCCGCGGACGUGGUCGUGGCAGGGGAUACCGUGGAAGGGGCCGUGGCUACAGAUCCAAUGGACCGAUCCAGGCAGCAGCAUGAGGCGAUGGGCUUUUGUGAAUGAGAUGCAAAUGGACUGAUGGAUGCCUUCCCUAUCUUAUGUUCAUUUUCUGGUUGUCCUUUAUUUUAGGUCCCUUAAUGCCAGUUUUUAACUUUAGGAUGUAAUAUCAGUGUCUAUUACCUUAUUCCUUGUUCUUUUUUAGUUCCCAUACAUCCUGGUUAUCCUUAGGAUAUGUUUUUAUGUAAUCAUUGUAGAGUAGUGAGUGGCAUUCAUUAAGCAGUUCUUUCUGUUUUUUAUAGGCACAGUUGAGAUGUUUGGUUAAUUUAAUUGUAACCUAUAUCUUGACAACUAAUUUUAAUUCCUCUAUGCGUUAACUUUUCUGUCCACCUAUUUUGCCCUUCGAAGCUUCCUUUUUUCCUCCAGACUAUCCCAAUAAUCUCAGAAAUAGAUGAAUUUCAAUUUG